CGGAACCGAUGUUAGUCUCGCGCGGCAGUUGCGAGCGCGUGAGGCUCUGUUCCUUGUCGCGCGCAGGUAGCAGCAGCGGCAGCAGGAUUAGUAGGCGCCGUGUGAAGGAAUCAUGAAGCACUAUGAGGUGGAGAUUCUGGACGCAAAGACUCGGGAGAAACUCUGCUUCCUAGACAAGGUGGAGCCCCACGCCACCAUUGCCGAGAUCAAGAAUCUCUUCACCAAGACCCAUCCGCAGUGGUACCCUGCCCGCCAGUCCCUCCGCCUGGACCCCAAGGGCAAGUCCCUGAAGGAUGAGGAUGUCCUGCAGAAGCUGCCCGUGGGCACCACGGCCACACUCUACUUCCGGGACCUGGGGGCCCAGAUCAGCUGGGUGACGGUCUUCCUGACCGAGUACGCAGGGCCCCUUUUCAUCUACCUGCUCUUCUACUUCCGGGUGCCCUUCAUCUACGGCCACAAAUAUGACUUCACAUCCAGCCGGCACACGGUGGUGCACCUGGCCUGCAUCUGCCACUCAUUCCACUACAUCAAGCGUCUGUUGGAGACGCUCUUCGUGCACCGCUUCUCGCACGGCACCAUGCCCCUGCGCAAUAUCUUCAAGAAUUGCACCUACUACUGGGGCUUCGCCGCAUGGAUGGCCUAUUACAUUAACCACCCUCUCUACACGCCCCCCACAUAUGGAGCUCAGCAGGUCAAACUGGCACUCGCCAUCUUUGUGAUCUGCCAGCUUGGCAACUUUUCCAUCCACAUGGCCCUGCGGGACCUGCGGCCGGCUGGGUCCAAGACCAGGAAGAUCCCAUACCCCACCAAGAACCCCUUCACCUGGCUUUUCCUGCUGGUGUCCUGCCCCAACUACACCUACGAGGUGGGGUCCUGGAUCGGCUUUGCCAUCAUGACACAGUGUCUCCCAGUGGCCCUCUUCUCCCUGGUGGGCUUCACUCAGAUGACCAUCUGGGCCAAGGGCAAGCACCGAAGCUACCUGAAGGAGUUCCGAGACUACCCGCCUCUGCGCAUGCCCAUCAUCCCCUUCUUGCUCUGAGCCGCCCCCCUCCCAGGCUCCGCCAGGCCAGGCUCUCACCCCUCAGUACCGUUCUGGGGGAGGGGAUGGGGGGGCUACCACUCUCCAGCGCUUGGAAUAAACCUGCCUGCCCCUUUCCAACCUGGA